UGCCCCGUUUCCACUUAGAAGUUCCUGGUAAACUUUAUUUGCGGGCACUUUACAGGAGUGCCAUCGAGAAGAAAGCGAGAAGAAAGUGGUGUUGUAUGUAAAGUGGUGUUGUAUCCUGAGAAAGAAUGGAGCUGUAUCUGGAUCUUUUGUCUCAGCCCUGCCGCUCAGUUUAUAUUUUCGCCAAGAAGAACAACAUACCGUUUGAGCUGAAGCAGCUGUCUCUGAUGGAUGGUGAGCAGUAUGGAGAAGAGUUUGGAAAGAUCAACUUGAUAAGAAAAGCCCCUGCUCUUCGAGAUGGAGACUUCUGCCUGGCUGAAAGCAUUGCCAUCCUGCUUUAUCUGGCAGAGAAGUUUAAGACCCCAGACUUCUGGUACCCAGCAGACCUCCAGCAGCGUGCUCGCAUUAAUGAGUAUCUGUCAUGGCAGCACAUGGCCAUCCGCAUGCAUGGAUCCAAGAUGUUCUGGCUCCGGCUUAUGAUUCCCAAGAUUCUGGGUGUGGACGUCCCUCAGGACAAGCUGGACGCAGCUUUGGAGGACUUGAACAGCUCUCUGAAACUCCUAGAAGACAAGUUCAUCCAGGACCGGCCCUUCAUUGCAGGAGAGCACAUCUCAUUAGCUGAUCUGGUUGCCAUUGUGGAGGUCAUUCAGCCUGUGGGCUCCGGGCUGGACGUGUUUGAGGGUAGGCCCAAGCUGAGUGCGUGGCGGGACAGAGUCCAGGCUGCCAUUGGUAAGGAGCUGUUCGACGAUGCCCACCAAUUAAUCCUUAGUUCCCAGGAAAGAGUGAAAUUGAUGGAUGCUGGCAAGCUUCAGUUCUUCAAGCCCAAGAUCCUCAAGUUAUUCCUGUGAAGAGGAGAACAGGUUCUCUCAUUCUCCUCUUGAAAAUAAAGAUAAUAAAGAUGA